AGAUUAUACUCGUACUGUCUCGUUUCUCGUACAGUCUCGCUCAAUAGUUAGUUUGCUGUGCACGUAGAACUCGUGCACGUUAUUGAUUUGACUUGUAUUAUCCUUCAUCCUAUCAAGACACUACGGUCGGGCAGGGUCAGUUACAAUUCGCUAUUCAUGAAAUGAGAUUAUCCUGAUUUAUUUAAGGUUGAUCAUAUUUGAAAGCGUAUUUUAACUGCUUACAGUAUUAAAUAAUACAAGAUGGAGUCCCUGAAGAAGCUGUUCCAGCCCGUGCACGAGAAGGUGGACGAAACUUGGAGCAAGGUGACCAUUGUCGGGGUCGGUCAGGUUGGGAUGGCCGCAGCUUUCUCUAUGCUGACGCAGAAUGUUACGAAUAACAUCGCUCUAGUAGACAUGAUGGCUGACAAAUUGAAAGGAGAGAUGAUGGACCUGCAGCACGGAUCAGCAUUCAUGAGGAACGCCAAGAUCCAAUCUAGUACGGAUUAUUCUAUAACAGCUGGCUCGAAGAUCUGCGUGGUUACUGCUGGUGUUCGACAACGCGAAGGUGAAUCUCGUCUCGAUCUCGUGCAGAGAAACACCGAUGUUCUUAAACAAAUAAUCCCGCAGCUGAUAAAGUACAGUCCGGACACAAUAUUGGUGAUCGCCAGUAACCCCGUGGAUAUUCUGACGUAUGUUACGUGGAAGAUUAGCGGGCUGCCCAAGCACCGCGUCAUCGGGUCCGGCACUAACUUGGACUCGGCACGGUUCCGUUACCUGCUGUCGGACAGGCUCGGUAUCGCUACCACGUCCUGCCACGGCUACAUCAUCGGCGAACACGGAGACAGCAGCGUUCCAGUAUGGUCUGCAGUAAACAUAGCGGGAGUACGCCUCAGUGAUCUCAACAAUCAGAUCGGAACCGACGACGAUCCUGAGAACUGGAAGGAGCUUCACGAGAAUGUCGUGAAAAGUGCUUACGAAGUCAUCAAACUGAAGGGGUACACUUCCUGGGCUAUCGGACUGUCGCUGGCUCAGAUCGUGAGGGCUAUACUCACGAACGCUAACAGCGUUCACGCGGUCUCUACUUAUCUCAAGGGCGAGCACGGCAUCGAAGACGAAGUAUUCUUGUCGCUGCCGUGCGUGUUGAGUCACUGUGGAGUCUCUGACGUCAUCCGCCAGCCUCUAACCGAACUUGAAGUGGCACAGCUUCGGAAAUCUGCUAAAGUCAUGGCUAAAGUGCAGAACGACAUUAAAUUCUAACGCGAAUGCAUCCGAGUUCGAAGGAAUGUGGUUUUGGUGCGUUGAGCGGAGUGUGUUGUUGAUAUGAAUAACCCACCAAAACCGUAACAGGCUGCGAGCCAUUUUUGUAUGUUUGCUUUAAUUCCUUUGGAGUUGUAUUAUUAUUUUUACGUAUUUAGUGUAUAAUCACGUGCAUUUUACUUUUAAUAUACAACCCUGUUUUCGCAUUUCAUUUAAAUUUCUUGGUAAAUUCAAUGAGUUUAGAUGGAGUCGAAUCCUUUAACCUCUUCAGGGACGAAUUUUUUAAAGUACAUACGAAAACAUGAAUUUUGAUACUCUUUAUUCUGAUUUGUUUAUUUUAUAUUGAAAGCAUUAAGUAAAAAAAUUAACAAAAGUAGUAAAUAUUCAUUAAACAUUAUAUAUAUCCACAUAAGUGGCCAUUUAGCGUAAUUAUAAGAAUAAAAAAAUAAAAACAAAUGUACCCAUAUGUGCCAAUGUCCCAGAAGAGAUUAAGAAGUGCGUAAGAUUACUAUAGGUACAAUUGUGCUCUCAAAUCGGUAUUAUUGUUAAGUUUUCCUCUAAUCUGUGCAUUUAAAUGCUUUAAAGCCAGAAAGCAAAUAGAUUUAUCUAUUCACUUAGCUAUAGCAAUUUCAGAGCUCGUAUAAUAAGCAGAUGGGUGCUAGGGACCGUUUUCGAUCGUUUGACAUAUAAGUAAUAUUUGACAGCAAAAUCAAUAAAACAAUGUAACCUCAUUCUUCUAAAUUUUUUUCGAUCAUACGUAAUUAAUUGUACGAUCUCUAGUGAACGACAGCUUUUGUAAAAAUCUCAUUACUACCUCUAGUCACAUCUUUAUGUCAUCUUCUUGUUCUUCGGUUACAGAUAAAGCGUACAUUUAUUAAGAGAUAUAUUUUUCUAUGAUUGUGCGAGCACUUGCCCACUGCCAAUACCUGGUUUCAUAGAUCAAGUGAACCCAUACGUACCUACUUAAAAUAUCGUAACAUUAUUGUAUACCCUUUUGCCUAUUUUGUACCCAAGAUUGGAUUUUUGAUUGUCAUUAGCCUAUUUAAUUUAAAUGAGUUCCAGUAAUUUAUAUUUUUUACCGGUACCUCACUUAAUAUUCUCAGUUUUUAGACAUUUAUAAUUUUUCCUUCACUUUCUUAAAAGUUUGCGAAUGUAUUAUUUACAUUGUUUAAUUAACCCUAUGUUUUUCUAUGAUAAUAAUAAUAUGAUAAUAUCCGUGUAUUAAAAUUUCCUAUUUGAUAAUUUACUUUUUGGUUAAUAAAGGAAACUGACUU